AUGGAUUUGAUUCAGGGGAUUAUUCAACCUCCAAGGGUUCAGACAGCGGAUGAAACAAUUCCAACAUUGUGUGAUCGUCUCGAAAAUGGUACUCUAAUUAGUGAUAGAAGAUCUGCUAUCUUGGCAUUGAAAUCAUUUAGCCGUGAAUUCAGAGAAACUGUAAUUGCUUCUGGUUUGAAAACUUUAAUCAAUACUUUAAAAAGAGACUCUAUGGAUGAAGAUACUGUCAAAGCUAUUUUAGAAACUUUGUUAAUUCUUUUCAUCAGAGGUGAUGGUAAUGAUGAUUUAACCAGAAACUGGAUUUCUUUGCAAUCUAGAAUGCAAAAUGGUAAAUACCCUUCUCCAUUGGUAAUGAAGGAAGAAAAAGAGCAUGUAGAUCAAUUUUCAAUGUGGAUAGCUGACGCUUUAACACAAAAUGAUGAAAUGGUCCAUUUACUUAUAGAUUUCUUAAAUAUUGAAAGCUUCCAUAUCAAAUUGUAUGCAACUCAACUUUUAGAGGCAGUAAUUGCUACUAGACCUUCGAGAUCUCGUGAAGCAAUUACUUCAUUACCAAUUGGUGUUUCCUCGAUGGUUUCCUUAUUAGAUGAUAUUCAUGAGCCUAUACGAGAUGAAGCAGUCUUAUUACUGAUGGCAGUAGUAAAUGAUUCGCCUCAUGUCCAAAAACUAGUAGCAUUUGAGAAUAUUUUUGAUAGAUUAUUUUCAAUCAUUCAUGAAGAAGGUGGUUUGCGCGGUUCUUUGAUUGUUAAUGAUUGUUUGUCUUUGAUAAAUAAUAUUUUAAAGUAUAAUAAUUCUAAUCAAAAUUUAUUUGUUGAAACUGGUAACUUGCCAAAAUUAGCUUAUCUAUUAAGUGAACCUUUAUCGGAUACUGAAGAAUUUUUUUGGAAUGAACAAAGAAUUAAAAACAUUAACGCAGCACUGGAUAUUGUAAAGCUGACUGUAGAGCCAGGAAGCACAACGACAAGAAAACACCAAGAUGCGCUACUAGAUACAAAAUUAUUAAUGGUAGUAUUGCGGAUAGCAUUUCACUAUAGCAUUCCGAAAAAAGUCAGACCAAAUGGUUUAUUGACUGCCGCAGAUAUGAUAAGGGAUAAUGAAAUUGCUCAAACAGAAUUUGGUAAAAUAGAUGUACCAUUUUUUGAUCCAUCUUUACCACCAGACGUUACUCAAAAAGAUGUUAAAUUAGUUCCUGUUGUCGCAUUAUUAUUGAAUUGGGCCUUAUACGCAAACUCUGUUCACACAUUCACGACGAGGGCAGCAUCUGUUGUACUGUUAAAAUCAUACCUAAAUGGGAAUCAUGAAUUGCAAACAGAAUUUUUGGAGAGGCAAAUUCGUUUAUACAGUAAUCCAACUGAAAAUGAUGAAGAUGCUGUAUUGUUACCAAAUUUUAAAUAUAAUAUAUUUGAGGCCAUAUUAGAUUAUGAUCCGGACUUGAAGUUAAACCCAUAUAAAAUUUACUUUUCUUCAGAUAUUUUUAUGUUUUUCUUCGAUCCUGAGAAUGAGAACAGUUCAAAAUAUCGAGAUAUGGCUAGGGAGGUAAAAACUGGUGAAAUUUCCGAUGAUGUGGAUACACUCAAAUCAAUUCAAGGGAUAAGCGAACUUUUAUUAACCACAUUGACCUCUGAAGAUAUUCGUAUACCAAUAUCAUAUAUAUCUCUAUUGAUUUAUUGGUUAUAUGGUGAUUUCAAUGCGGUAAAUGAUUUCUUAACUGACCGAGCAACUAUACAAUCAUUACUAUCAUUUGCAUAUCAAAUUCAAGGGGAUGAUAUUACUGUAAAAUGUCUGGUCAGUAUGUUAAUUGGUGUAUCAUAUGAAUUUUCUUCUAAAGAUUCCCCGUAUCCUAGAAAGCCUUAUCAUGAAUUUAUAACAAAAAGUAUCGGUGUUGAUAAUUACUCAUCUAGAAUAAAGCAAUUAAAGGAUGAUUCUCUCUUUUCAAAAUUCGAUCACGAAAUCGAUAUUUUAAAUCCAAAUUUUGACGAAUCUGGUUUACCCGAGAUAUACUUUACUUCAUAUUUCGUAGAUCUCAUCAAAACCAAUUUUUAUCGUUUGAAAUCUGCAUUAUCUCAUGAUCCUGAACAAGAAUCGAUUGCGAAGAUUUCAUUUGAAACAUUUGAUGAACUACAAAGAGAAUGUUCAAAACUUAAAGGUGAAUUAAAUGACAUGUUUGUUUCAAAGGGGGAUGUUAUAAAUGAACUAGAAUUAAAGGUUGAAGAAUUAUCUAAUAAAAGUAAAAAUUCUAUAUCAGACUAUGAAUCAAUAAAAAAUGAAUAUGAUAUAUUAAAGAAUAAUUAUGAGGAAAAGGAGGGGGAAUUUGAAUCGGUUUCUAAAAAGCUAGAUGAACUUUUAACUGAAAGAGAAAAAUUAAAUUCAGUAACAUCUGAACAAUUAAAAAAAUUGGAACAGAAUAAAAGCGAUCUUGAAAAAUGUAAACUUAAUAUUGAGAAGUUAGAAAACGAAUUGAAAGAGGUAAAGGAAAGGAAAGACAAUGCAGAGAAUGGUGUAAAUAAAAUGAAUAAAGAAUUGUCAAAUUUGAGCAAAGAAAAAGAGCAAUUAAGAAUUGAACAAGGUAAACUAGAAAAAAAAAUACAAGAACAAAUUUCGGUAUAUGAAGAUUCAAAAAUAAAAUUCAACCAAGAAUUAGAAUCAACUGAAAAACAAAUAACUGAUCUGCAGUCUAAUCUUGAAUCUAAAAACACAGAAUUGGACAAUUUGAACAAAGAGAAGUCGGGGCUCAUGAAAGAAUUGACAGAAUGGAAAGCAAAAUUUAAGAGUCAUGAUGCAUUGGUACCAAAGCUUACCGAAAAAUUGAAAUCAUUGGCAAACAGUUAUAAAGAAUUACAAACAGAACGUGAUAAUUAUUCCUCUCAAUUAAUUGAAAUAAAUAAAAACAAAACCUCCGAAUUAUCUUCGUUAUCUGAGUCCAUUAGUAAUUUAAAAAUAGAAAAAGACAAGAUUUUAGAUGAAAAAUCUAAGUUGAUAAAUAAGGUUUCUGAGUUAGAGUCUCAAAUUACAGAAAAUUGCAAAAUAUUCGAAGAAGAAAAAGAAAAGUUGAUAUUAUCUAAAGAUGAACUUGAAGAGCUCGUAAUAGAUUUGAAUGAACAAUUGAAAGAGUUAGAAACACAGAAAGAAACCACUAGCAAAAAUGCUGACGAACUUAAUAAAUCUAUCGCAAACCUGAAUACCCAACUUAAGCAAAAGGAUUCAAAAUUGAUUGAACUUGAAGAGUUAGUGGAGGUGACAAAAAAUAAUCUAAAUGAUUCUGAGUCCCAAGUUUCUAAUUUAAUAGCUAAGAUUUCUGAGCUUGAUGAAGAGAAUAAGAGCGUAAAAUUAGAAGUUGAAAAAUUAGAAAAUGAAAUAACCGAAAUCAAGAAUUCUCAUAAAUCUGCACAAAAGGAAACGGAUACAUUACAAACAAAGCUUGAUGAAACUGAAUUACUGCUUCAAUCUUCUAAAGAAGAAAUCUUGUCAUUGAAAAAUGAAUAUAGCUCAACCUUAAGUGAUAAAGAGAAUCUGGAAAAUUCUGAAAAAAAAUCUUCAGAAAAAAUUGAAGAGUUAGAGAAGAAUUUUUCAAAUCUACAAGAACAGUUCGAAAAUAUAACUGCAGAAAAUAAAUCAUUAAAAGAAGAAUGUUCAGGUACUGAAGAAAAGUUUAAAGAUGUAAAUGAAAAACUCGAUCAAUAUGGUGAAACGAUAUCUAGUCUUUCGGAUGAAAAGGAUAAACUAAAUGGAAUUAUUGACGAUAAAGAGAAAAUAAUUUCGAACCUCAAUGAGAAGCUUGAAAGUAUUUCGGAAGAUAUAGAUAUUAUUGAAAAAGCCAAAAACUUGUUGGAAGAAAAAUUAGCAACGAUGACUUCAGAAUUGAAUGAUAGCGAAAAUGGUUCGUCAGAAUUACGUUCUCUAUAUGAUAGUUUAAAAAUAGAAUUUGAAGAACUUCAAAAGACUAAUUCUGAUAAAUCUGCUAACUUGAAAGAACUUGAGAAUAAACAUACAUCUUUAACUGAAACUCAAGAAAUAUUACUGGAAGAUAAAAAGAAAAUGGAAUCUUCUAUUAAUGACUACGUUAAAAUAAAAGACGAUUUAGAAAAGGAAAAAGAGGAUUUGCUAAAUAAAUACAAUGUUCUAGAAGAUAAAAAGGAUAAACUAGAGAUUAUACUGGAAGAAAACAACAGUUCUAUUAAAGUAUUGGAGCAUUCAAUAGAUGCCUUGAAAAAGGAAAAUGAAAUAUACAAAAAUGAAAUUCAUGAUAUGAAGCUUCAAAUGGAAUCAUCUAAUUCCGAAUAUAAAAAUAAGGCUGGUGAACAGGAAAAGAAAAUAUCGCGGCUGAAAGAGGAAUGUAAUAAGCUGAAAAACUCUUACGAAGAAAAGAUCGAAAAAUUAGAAGUGGAAUCAAAGAAUUUAAGCUUAGGACAUGAUACUGAAAAGAAGCAAUUUGAAGAUAAGAUAACAUCGCUGAAGCAAGAGAUAAUCUCUAUUGAAAAAUCUAAGAAACAAGAUGAAAAGGUUUUGAAAAAUCAAAAGAAUACUUUACAAAAAGAAUUAGAAGAAUUAAAAGAUCAAUUUACAAAUUCAGAAAAUGAAUAUAUAAAGAAGUUGGAUAAUUUUCAGAAUGAAAUUAAUAGUGUUAGGAAAGAAAAAUUAGAUAUUGAAGCAGUACUGAACAGUAAAAUAGAGACUUUGAAGGCAGAUUUGUCUAAAUCGGAAGAAAAAUCUCUGAUUUUAGAAAAAAGUAACAAGGAACAUUUGAUAAAAAUGGAAGUUAUACAAAAAUCUUUAGAGAAACAGAACAAAGAAUUAGAUAUCUUAGGAAAUGAAAAGGAUACUUUGACUAUGAACCUAAAUAAUGAAAUAAAAGGCUUAAAGGAGGAGAUAAACAGUAAAGUUGAUCAAAUUGGAAACUUAAAAACUGAAUUGAAUACUGUCUCAGAGAAUAUGGAAGAUAUCCAGGUAAGAUAUGAUCAACUGAAAGAAGAAAAGUCAGAAAUAUCUGAUAAAUUGAUAGAAUCAGAGGAAAAAUUGAAAGAAAACUUCUCGAGUAUUUCUGAUCUAAAUUCAUCGGUUAUAUCAUUAGAAGCAAGUAUUAUUUCAAAGGAUGAAGAAUACACUUUACUCAAGAAGGAAUUUGAAGAAGUUAAGAUUUCAAAACAAGAACUUGAUAAUCAAAAAGAUAAAUUACUUGAAGAAUACAGCAUUAUGAAAAGAACUAAUGAAAGUAAACUAAAAGAUUUGAGAAAUGAGUUGGAUUCUAAAAUUAUUAAAUUUGACAAAGAAAGGAAAUUAUUAAAUGAAGGUUCUGAUAAUAUAGCUCAAGAAUAUUCUGAGAAGGUUACGAGUUUAGAAGAGGAAUUGAGAAAUCAGAAAAUAUAUUCUGAUGACAAAAUAUCUGAAUUGGAAGAAAAUAUUAAAUCCAAAAAUAAUGCCCUGACAGAAAAAUCGAAUUUAUUACAGAAAAGGCUAGAAGAAAUCAAGGAAUUGGAAAGCACGUUAUCAAAAUAUAAAGCUGAUCUAGAAGCCACGAUGAAAAAUUCUGAUCUUAAAAAUGAUGAAUUUGAGAAUGUGUGUAAAGAAUUAUCAGUCAAAGAAAAUGAAAUUAAAAAAAUUGAAGAGAUAUUAUCUUCGAAAGAGGACCUUAUUGCAGAAAUUGAAUCUCAAAAAGAUAAUUUAAAAGAUGAGCUUAAUGAAAAGUCAUUAUUGUUAGAUAAGAAAGAGUCACAAUUAGAGGCGUUCCAAGAAGAUGUUGAAGUUCAAAAGGAAAAUUUACAGAAAAAAAUUACAGAGUACGAUAAUCUUCAAAAAUUAAUGUCACUGGAUAAUAAAAAACUAGUCAAAUGCGAAAAACAAAUUGAAGACUUGGAAUUGAAGUUAGAAUCGAGCUCGAACCAUUUGAAGGAACAAGAAGGGAAAUAUGAAAAGUUGGAAUUCGAGUCUGGUGAAAAUAAGAAAUUGAUUUCAGAAAAGGAUGAAUUGAUUCAAACAUUACAAUUAGAUAUAUCUAAUAAUAAAGAUGAAAUUCAAAAACUAUCAGAUAAAAUUUCAACCCUCCAAAACAAUUCUGAAAAUACAGAACUUACUUUAGAAGAAAAAGAAAAAAUGGUAGAUGAAUUAAAUUCAAAGUUACAAGAGAAAGAGGCACAAGUUGAAACUUUAGAGUUAGAUCUAAAUAAAUUGAAAGAAACAUUGGAUAAGGAAUUAGAAAGCUCAUCUGAACUUCAAAUUGCACAUGAUAAUCUAAGAGAUGAAAACAUAAUCCAGAAACAAAAGAUAACCGAACUAAAAGUUAAAAUUGAUGACUCCGAGAAGGAUUCGCAAGUUAUAAUAGAUAAUAUGAAGGAAAUGGAGGAAAAUAUAAUGGAUCUAAGAAAUGAUCUGUCCUCUAAAACAAUACAAAUUGAAAAAGUCAAUGAAGAUUUGUCAUCCAAAAAUUCAGAAAUUGAACAGUUGAAUAAGAAACUUGCUGAAAAAUGUGCUGAAUAUGAUUCUAUUAAAAGUGAAUUAGUUGCUUCUUCAAAAUUGUCAGAAUCAGAAAAAAAUGAUAUGAAACAAUUAAGUGAUGAAAUUAAUGAAUUAAAAGAACAACUUGAGUUGAAAAAUGAAAACUUAAAGAAGGUUACCUCUGACUUACAGAUUGCAAACAACACUUCAGAUAAAUACAAUGAUGAGCUUAAGGUAGCCAACAAUACAAUUCGUGAAAUUGAAUCAAAAAUUCCUAAUUUGCAAAAACAAUUGGACUUGAAAGAAAUUGAAUAUAACGAUACAUUAUCUUCUAAAAAAGAUUUAGAUAAAAAACUUGAUAACUUUUCAAAAGAGUCUGAAAUAUUAUCAAAAGAAGUCAAAUCCUUGAAGAAGGAGAAACUUGAUCUAGAGAAGGAAAAGAAUGAUUUAAUAGUUGAGUUGGAUAAAUACAAAAAUGAUAUUAUCGAUUUAAACAAUACACUGAAAGAAAAUGAAAAGAACGGUUCUGAAGUUGAAACUGAAAUAAUUGGAUUAAAGGAUAAAAUUGAAUUCUAUAAGCUUAAUGUUAGCCAAUUGAAUGAAGAAAAGGGGAAAUUAGAAUCUGAUAUUAAAACAUUGGUUGGUGAGAGGGAUGAUAAGUUAAAAUCAUCUCAAUCUGAAAUUAUAGAGUUGACUAACAAAUUAGAAAGCUUUAAAGACAUAUCUGUCGCAUAUGAAGAAUCCAAGGUAGAAUCUGAUGGUCUUAAGAAUAAACUUUCUGAAAUUGAAAAAUCGUUAGAAGAAUCUAAUGAAAAUGUCGAUUCGGCAAAUAAGGAAAUUUCAGACUUAAAAGUUAUGAACGACAAAUUACAAUCGCAUAAUUUAGAACUAGAAGAUAAAUUUCAACAAUUAAAGAAUGAUACAACAGAAACUAAUAGGAAAAUCCAAGACAUUAAUAAAUUGAAAGAAGAAGAAUCGAGCAAAGCUGAAGAAAAAAUUCGUUCAUUAACUGAGGAGAUCGAAAAGCUAAAAAAUGACUUCAAGAAAAAUGAAUCAAAAGCUCCUGAUACUUCUGAAAUUGAUGAUUUGAUGCUGUUAGUUUCUGAUUUGGAUGAAAAGAAUUCUAAAUAUAAGGCUAAAUUGGAGGAAUUGGGGGUUGAAUUAUCGUCCGAUGAAGAAACAGAAAGUGAUGAUACAGAUGAGGAAGAAGGUUAA